AUGGAAUAUUUUUUGUCUACUCUACUAAUUCUGUCAAUGGUGAUUGUGAGCUUCGGAAUUAAAGUAAAUGUUGUACAUAAAUGGAAAUAUGCUGACUUUGAAUGGGAAAAUCAAGAACAGAAGGAUGCAGCGAUAAAUUCCGGCAUUUACAAUCCGUACAAGUGCGUGUUCGAAGAUGCAAGUAAAGCGGAUGAUGGGAGACUAUUCAUUACUGUUACUAAUGUAUAUGGCCCUGGUUCACCUGCUACUUUGACGACAGUAACUAAUAAAACAGGACUAGGAGGUCCACUUUUACGGCCAUAUCCAGAUUGGAGUUGGUAUUAUAGCAGUUGUAUGUGUUCUGGUAUUGUAAAUGUUUACCGAACAGAUAUUCAAUGCAAUCACAUAAUUAUUCUGGAUAAUGGCAAAAUGAAUCAAUUCGAUCAAAUUUGUAAUCCAAAACUAUUGAUCUUUGAUUUAAAAGAUGAUACGCUAGUUAAAACUAUUUAUCUUCCACUUGAUUUCGCUACUAACCGAACAGGCUUUGGAUUAUUAAUAACGCCUUUGGUUUAUGUUCCCGGAGAAUGCACACAGUUUUUGGAUAAAAUGAUUGUGUUUAUGACUGAUACGAAAGGUUCCGGUUUAGUGAUGUAUGACUCAUCUACAAGGCGUAUGUGCAGAAUCGAAUCUGAUUACAUGAAACCGACUGAUAUUUUUUUCUCUGUAGCAAACCAAAAUUUUACUUAUGAGGGCGGAAUCUUCAGCAUAACGAUACUUGGUGAUGAACUUUAUUAUGUUCCUAUAUCGGGAAAAAAAAUAUAUAAGAUAAAAAUGGAAACGCUAUUAAAAUGUCCAAAUAAAGAAGAGGCUAAUAAACAAAGUAAACUCGUGACUAAAUUAUCAAGCCAAACGGCAGUUAUUACAUCAAUGGAAAAUUUAAUAUUUUAUAGUGAUUACGUGGGGAUGUCUAUUCUAGGUAUGAAUAUUCGUAAAGAGCCUGGUAAAAACGUGGUGAAAUUAGCGCAAGACGAUGAAAAAUUUCAAGUUAUAAGUUCAAUGAAAAUUUCAAGUUAUUGGAACAAAAUGAUGUGCAUAUCAGAUAGAUUUCAACAUUUAGCUCUGAAUACAUUAAAUCUAGGUGAUAUAAACUUCCGCUAUUUUGAAAUAAACUUAUCAGAAAUAAAGAAAAUGAUGGAUUAG